CAAGUCAUACCGAUCACCGGCCUUUCCGUAACCCGAAGUAGCAAGCACCAAUCACAGGCGAGAUCACAAACGGCCUCCAUGAGCUGGCCAUGUGCACAUUUCUUGUGCCCAGCUUCACCAACAUGCUGGUUCUGUCUGGUCAAAUCUCCAUCGAAGGUCAGGGACAGCUGCCUGCUGACCCGAUGUCACACAACCACGGCCCUCUCCCCCCUGGCUCCCACUCCCAAGGAAACAGUUCAUUGUCUCAUCUUUUUUAUCUUUAAAAUCUCUUCUUUUUUCUAAACACGUAACCUUAAAGUUAAUAACGUUGUCCGCACUAGUCAUUCGUGUUUGCAGUUGAUUGUAUCCAUGGUGUCAGUACUGUAAUUUUUCUAGUAUCCUGAACGAGGAAAACUCCCAUAUUAACACCUUAUUUAUAAAUUUCCAUUAAAUUCAAUUUGUAUAGUUUCUUUCUAUCUUAUCAGGGCAUUAAGAUUUGCAUAGUAAUUAUGGUUUAUCUUUCUUCCUUUGGCUGUCAAUUAGUUGUGUUCAUUGUGUUGGACAUUGUUGCAGACCCAGACCAACAUGGCUGUGUGGCCACUGACAUCACCUCUCCACACAUCCUUCUGACACAGCCUCCUGACACAGCCUUCUGACACAGCCUUCUGACACAGCCUCCUGACACAGCCUCCUGACACAGCCUCCUGACAGCACCUUGAUAUUUUCUUCAAGAUGGAAGACUGUGUAAGCGAGACCUGUUCUGGUUCAGCCUCUUCUGCCUGACAUUCCUCUACAUCAUCUUCUACUUCUACUUCUGGCUCAUCGUCAAGAACAGCUUUGAUGACCUCAACUGGCACAUGUUUGGGCUGCUGAGGACAUGGGUUCCCUGGUACAGAAUCAUCCUGGGGCUGACCUGCGCCGUGUUUGCCUACUUCAUUAUAGUCAUGUGCCUGGUGUUGUGCCACGUCCUGCACGGCCACCAACUCUACAUCCACCCGGUCCACAUCGCUGUCAUCCUUUUCAGCCUGCUGGGCUGCGUUGCCAUCACGGUUGCCGUGGAGUUGAUGUGGCGCUCUGAAUGGACACUAGUAUUACUCUCUCUCAGGAUCACGGGACCCUUCCUCCAGAUCGGUGCAGUUGUGCUGAUGACUCUGAUGACAUGGGUUAUCUCCCUUCAGUGGUUUAAACUCUCACAUUGGGCGUUGAAGCUGUUGUGGCUGACCGUGUAUGUUGCUGUUAUGAUCGGACUGUACAUAUCCCCGUACUUCAUCAAUUCCCCGUGUGUCACUCACGCCGACAACUUGCCUAGUAAGCCCCUCGUACUAGCCCACCGAGGAGCAUCAGAGAUUUUACCCGAGAACACACUGAUGGCGUAUGAGUUUGCCUACCAGGAUGGAGGCUAUGGUGUGGAGAGCGACGUGCAGAUCAGCCUGGACUGUGUGCCCUUCAUCCUCCAUGACAGGAGCUUAGAGAGGACCACAAAUAUAAAAGAUGUUUUCCCGGACCGAGUAAAUGAUGAUCCAUCGUCUUUCAACAUGUCGGAUUUAAAAGCUUUGAAUGCUGGUUCCUGGUUUAUACAAAAUGACCCUUUCUGGACUGCCGGAGACUUGACCGAUGCUCAACGGAAACAGGUAGCCAAUCAGACGCUGCCGACAUUGGAGGAGCUUGCACGAUUGGGCCGAAACUACAGUGACAAUGUGUUGAUGUUCGACCUGCGGGCCCCGCCACAGUCACACCCCUGCUUCAAUCUGAGCGUCAACUACACCAUACAAGCCCUCACGAGAGCAGGAUUCCCACUACAAAACGUCUGGUGGCUACAGACCACAUUCAACAACAGCCGCCCCACCGGUGUCACCGUCGUGGGCGAAUACUACAUCCCCGUCAGCAGUCUCAGGAAGGCCAACAUGUCCAUCGUCAAUGUCCAGUACACGGAGCUGACCGACGACCAGAUAGAGGAGUACCAGGCCUCCAACAUCAGCAUCAAUAUGUGGACUGUGAACUCCGAGUGGAUGUACUCCCUGUGUUGGUGCAUGGGCAUCUCCUCCGUCACGGCAGACAGCUGCCACACGCUCAGGCACGUCCAGGCGCCCCUCUGGCAUCUGGUGCCGUCCAGCUACCUGAUCCUGUGGGUGACUGUGGACGUGUUGUCAGCUGUGAUUGUCAUCACGGUGUUCAUAGUACAGAGAAUCCGAUUAUACGGGACUUCCUUCAGUCCUGAGACCAUCUCCCUGAACAGCGCCGCCCGCAGCGCCCAGGGCCACCGAUCUCGCAACAUGAAGGAGAAGUUGCUCUACAACAUGACGGACGGGGACCUCGUGGAGGAGGUGGAGGCGCGGGCUGCCGGGCACGGCGGCGUGGUCAACCAGCCCGCAUCAUCCUACUCCAUGGCCUCCAUCAACAACGACCCCUACGCCAGCCGAUACCACAACGGAAACACCUUCCCCGACAGCAAGUAUGAAGUGGAGUAGAGCUGGCCGGUGGUCAAUGUGACAAUAGUCUUUCUUUGUGACACUACAAGUUUGGAUGCAAUAUUUUUAUCUGUGUAUUACGGUGUAUUUAUUGGUACACACAGCCUUGUGAGCUUACGUCACUGUGUCACGGAACGUCUGGUAGUCGUCUUUGUCAAAGGCAGGGAGUUGUGUGUGGCUCUCUGGCUGUGUGUGAACGUGUUGUGACAUUGGAUCAUUCCAAGAAAAAUGGGUUAAUUGCUUUGCUCCUUGUCAUGAAACAGGGAAGGCUUUGCAACAAACAGAGGACUGCUGUAUCAGUAGACUUCUUGUCAGAUCGUCAGUGAGGUACGGAUAGGAAAAGUGGAAAUAAAGUUUCUCAUCCCGUGUCAUUGAAAUGUAUAAUUUUGGUUUUGGCCAGCAAGAAAUUUUAGUCUAAACAAUACAGAAACACUUUGAAUACAUAGAGUUGAUUUUGACUCUUUCAAGUCAAGUGUUACGGGAAGCUUAUGUCCGGGUAUGACAACGGGAAUGAGGAUUCAAACUCAGACAACAUUACCUAGCAUGCCUUCAGGCCUCACAAACCAAUUUCUUUGUUUUUUGUCAUUUGGCUGAACAUUAUUUAGUGUGUCAAUAUAUCUGAUGCCAUCAUUGCUUAUGAGUUUAUCAAUAUUCUGCAACUGAGAGAAACUUUACUUCAUGUUUUAAUGAGCUGAUGAGAAACUUUAUUUCAUGACCAAAUGUGAAGAUAUUGAACGUACCUUGAGCCACAGUUUGUGAGUACUGCGUGUAUGGUGGAGCUGUUGCCCUUUGAUAUCACUUGCUACAACGUAUAUGUUAUGUAUCCUACUGCCUUGGUCAGUGUGUAUGAAGGAUGACCUGUCGGAGUGACUGGGGUAGGGUGGCCACCUUUCAGUUAACCCUAGAGACGCAGUCCUUUGGUUUUAUCAGGUAUUGUGAAGGUGAACUUCAGAACCUGGUUCAUAGACAGUGUUGGUGCUACCACAGGGCCUUUUGUUGUCUGUUGGUUGAUUUUUGUGACCGAAUGACUUUAAAACACCAGAAGAAAAGAAAUUACUUUUGACAUAUUUUGCAAUGGGGAACUGAAUUUCAUUUGUGGGCGGUGAGAGGAUGAAACCACUUCUGUAUUCAAACUUAUGCAGAGCUCGAGAUAAGUUGCGUAUUUGCGUAAAAUACACAUUAAAUAAACUGAAGUUUGCAGACAAAUAAAAUACUAGCGUAUAAAAUACGCAACAAAAACUAUAAAUACACUAUUGAAAUAAAAAUAAUGCGUAUAUUACAACUAUUUGAAUUAACCGUUGCGAACAUUACAACUGUUAGAAAAAAUUAUUGUGUAUCAGACGAUCACCAAAUUCACUUACCGACAGUUACAUUCGGAAAAGCACGUUGUGCCUAGGCAAAUGUACGUGUUGUAUCUUAAUUAGUCGUAGAUUGGUAAUUAAAACAAUAGCUUUCUUACAAUGCUAGGUUUUGUAAACAAAAAUUGUCUUCCCGGGGAGGGAGCCGCAAACAGACGCAGACGGGUAUACUACUAUUCACAUAGUUUUAAACGGGAUUGUUACGAAACAGGUUUUAAGUUAAAUUCCCAAAUGCCGAGAAAGAGGUGGGUAAAAAUGUUUUGAAUACCAUCUAAAACUUGUGGAUAUACACUCAAAAUCGAACCCCUGAGUAAAAUCCCAAAUAACCCACAGCUUAUCUAUAGGGCUGCUGAUGGCUUCAGAAACUAAACAGUCUGAAACCCAAUACACAGUUUGAUGUUCUCCACUUCAAGGGCACGGGUGGCCCAGUCGUCUAAGGCGUCACGAUUCGCUGUGCAGAGUUGCGUCCCUUGGGCAUGCCAGAAACCUGUGAUUGUGGGUUCAAAUCCCGGU